UUCUACCGGAACGUCGUCCAAUCGUGUCUCUCCUUACUCCUUACGUAGGGUGGGUCCGUUCUAUAACUUCCAGUAUCGUACAAGUUGGGAGUGUUCAUGGAAAUGAUUCAGUUUCGUCCUUUUUAAAGUUUGGUGAACGGCCACUUAAGCCCAGUCUCUUAUGCAUUUCGCCACGCCGUGGUGAGUGGAUAUCCCUAACGGAACUAAGUCAUCCCCCGACCCGUUACCAAAAUUUCCUCACCCGUUACGAGAGUUUACCGAGUUUUAUCGGAUCAUCCGACCUACUUAGACGAUAGCGGAGUUUUAAGAAAUUAAGAUGAACUGGAAAACCGUUGUUCGCAUCACCCUGACCACGCUCUUCGCGCUCUGUCUCUUUGCUGGGAUGAUCGUCGUGUACGCCAUCGGCUUCCAGUUCGUGUUUUCCGGGGACGGUUACCUCUCCUUCGGGCUGUACGGGUCCGUGCUCGCCUUGCAUCUCAUCAUACAGAGCAUCUUCGCCUUCCUCGAACACCGGAAGAUGAACAGAGAUGACUUGCCGCCUCACCAAGAGAAGCCAGUGGCGCUGUGCAUAGCAGCGUUUCAAGAAGACCCCGUGCUUCUUAGAAAGUGUUUGGAAUCUAUUAGAGACAUCAAGUAUAAGAACCUAAAGGUUGUGUUGGUCAUAGAUGGCAACUCUGACGACGAUAUGUACAUGCGAGACACGUUUGUGGAAAUCAUGGGUCCACAGGACACGGAUACGUUCGUCUGGAGACACAACUAUCACGCCAGGGAGCCACUGCCUAGAGAAAUUCCUACUCUAGAAAAGGGCUCAAAGCAUUUAGAAGACGUGGUCGCUCCGUCACUUCGGGACAACGGGGCCAAGGUCGUGGAAGACAUCAUUCUAAACAACAGAAACUCGUGUAUCAUGCAGAAGUGGGGAGGGAAGCGUGAGGUGAUGUACACGGCGUUUAGGGCGCUGGGAGAUACCGUAGAGUACGUCCAGGUCUGCGACUCGGACACGAUCCUAGAGCCGAACUGUACCGACGAGAUGGCGAAGAUCCUCGACAAUGAUCGGACGGUCGGCGCCGUUGGCGGAGAUGUCCGAAUCUGGAACGAGCGGGACUCGUGGAUUUCCUUCCUCAGCAGCCUGCGCUACUGGAUGGCCUUCAACAUCGAGCGCGCCUGUCAGUCCUACUUCAACGUGGUGAGCUGCAUCAGCGGGCCUCUCGGCUUCUACCGCAACGACCUGCUACAAAGCUUUCUAGAAGACUGGUACAACCAGACGUUUCUCGGUCAACACUGCACCUUCGGCGACGACCGCCACCUCACCAACCGCAUGUUGAGUAUCGGCUACGGCACCAAGUACACGGCGCGAUCGCGAUGCUACACCGAGACCCCCGUGCAAUAUCUCCGCUGGCUCAACCAGCAGACCCGCUGGACCAAGUCCUACUUCAGGGAGUGGCUCUACAACGCCAUGUGGUUCCACAAGCAUCACAUAUGGAUGACGUACGAGUCUAUAAUCGCUGGACUCUUCCCAUUCUUUGUAACUGUAACAGUCAUCAGACUAUUCUAUCGUGGCCGGCUCUGGGACAUUCUACUCAUUCUCAUCACCAUACAGACAAUAGGGUUGAUCAAAUCGUUCUACGCGUGUUUCCUACGAAGGUCUCCUACGAUGGUAUUCAUGUCUAUCUACUCUAUCCUCUACAUGACAAGCCUGCUACCGGCUAAGUACUGGGCUAUGCUGACUAUCAACAAAAGUGGGUGGGGAACUAGUGGGAGAAAGAAGAUUGUGACAAACUUUAUUCCCCUUGUGCCUCUGAUAGCGUGGGCUCUGAUUCUAGGUGGAGGUCUCGCGUACACAAUCUAUUACGACACCUUGGACUACUUUGACUACACGAAACAGAUGUACCUCAGUGUCGGGUUCGCAUUAUACAUGGUCUACUGGUUCGUCAUGAUCGCGCUGUAUUCCUGGAGAACUUGUAAAUGCGGCUGCUGCCGGGAUUCGUACACUGUGGAUGAAGUGUGACACAACGUAAGAAUAUCAUUUGACGAACGCCAUGUUUUGGUGAAAGAUGUUUAAUAUUUAUUGUUUUGAAUAUUAUAUAUAUUUUUAUAAAGAACAAUCAAGAACACCAUUUUUUUAAAUGUUGUGAAAGAUGUAACAAUGCCUUAUCAUAAUUUUAGCCCAAGAGAAUUUGUAGUAGUAGAACAAAUAGUAAGUGUAGCCUGUUAGUUGUCUCAGGGCAACGGACGCACCUCAUGUAGUGCAUUUAUGUACAUGGAGACCAAAAUGUGCAAACAUAUUAUGUUACGAGGUAAAGGUAGGCAGAAUAGUCCUAAGUGAAUUGUUCAAUGACUGUUGAGAUUAUACAGGAAACAAGUCCAUGAUGUAUUUUUGUCGGAGAAGCGAGCUAUAUUUUGUGUAGGGAUGAGUCAUAAUGGAACAUAGUUAAGAGAAGCUCUAUUAGUCUGUGCCAUGCACAAAAAGCCAUGUAUUUAGAUAUUGCUUUACACUGCGAGCACUGAAUGGAAUACACCUCAAAAGUAUGUCUUAAGCAUGGUUUUCACAAGAAGGUUUAUCCUAAAUCUUGUCAUAUACGUUUGAUACAACGUACAGUUUAUGAACAGUCAUGAAGCUAGGAAAGGAACUGGUCCAUAGUGUAGCAAACAGAAAGCAUAUGUGUCUCCUGAAUUGUUUGUGUAACGAUAAAGCCUGUCUGUUAUGAAUUCAACAAUGACAAUACAUGUGGCCUUGGAAAUGAAUUGAAUACACCUCAAAACUAUGUCUAAAGCAUGUUUUUCACAAGACAGUUUAUCCGUAAUGGACAUCAUAUACAUGUGAUACAACGUACAGUUUAUGAACAUUUUGAAGCUAGGAAAUGAACUGGUUCGUACUGUUGCAAACAGAAAGCAUAGUUAUUACACGUUUCCCGUAGUGUUUGUGUAACGUUCACGCCUGUCUGUUAUAAAUGCAACAAUGACAAUACUUGUGGCCUUGGAAAUAAAGACACUCAAGAAUU